AUGUCGGACACCUCGGACAACGCGGCACCGCCCGUCGACAAGAAGAAGCAGGGGAAGGGAUGGCGCUUCUGGGCCAUCUAUGUCUCGCUGUGUGUAUCAAUUCUUCUCGCGGCGGUCGAGUCGACCGUCACGUCAACCGCGUUGCCGGCUAUCACUGAUGAACUGCACGCGGGCGAGAACUAUGUGUGGUUUGUCAACUCCUUCUUCCUCACCAGCGCUUGCUUCCAGCCCCUUUUUGGACAGACGGCGAAUCUCUUCGGACGCCGAUGGCUGAUGAUCGGCGCCGUCGCGUUCUUCGUUCUCGGCAGCGGCAUCAGCGGCGGUGCCAUCAACGCCGCCAUGAUGAUUGCCGGGCGCACCAUCCAAGGGAUUGGGGGCGGUGGGAUCAACGUGAUGAUCGAUAUGAUUGUCAGCGACUUGCUGCCGUUGCGGGAGCGAGGGAACUUCAUGGGGAUGAUCUUCGCCAUCUUCUCCAUUGGCACCUCCCUCGGGCCGUUCAUUGGUGGUGCGCUGGUACAACAGAGCUCCUGGCGAUGGGUGUUCUACCUCAAUCUGCCCAUUGGCGGAACCGCUCUCGUCUGUCUGUUCUUCUUCCUGCAUGUCAACUACCAGAGGGAGCCCUGGCAGCAAAAGCUGAAACGGAUCGACUAUGUCGGCAACGCGUUGCUCAUGACCUCCAUCGUCUCCAUCCUGCUGGCUCUCACCUGGGGUGGGACCACAUAUGCCUGGUCCAACUGGCGGAUCAUCAUCUGUCUCGUGCUCGGGUUCGUUGGCAUGAUCGUGUUCCACCUCUACGAGGCCAGUCCGUGGUGUGCAGAGCCCAUGAUGCCGCCGCAUAUCUUCGGCAACCGGACCUCCUUCGCCGCUCUGAUAGUAUCCUUCCUCCACAACAUGCUCACCUUCUGGGUAGUCUACUUCAUCCCAGUGUAUUUCCAGUCGGUCAAGCUGUCCAGCUCGGCUCGCGCUGGCGUGCAGUUCCUGCCUAGUGUCAUCCUCGCGGUGCCAACUGCGAUGGUCGCAGGCAUCGUCCUCACCAAAUGGGGCCGCUACCAACCUAUCCAUGCCAUUGGCAUGGGACUCGCUUUGCUCGGACUGGGCCUCUUCACACUCUUCGAUGCCAACUCGAGUGCGGCAGAAUGGAUCAUUUACCAGAUCAUCACGGCCAUCGGUCUGGGCCUGCUGCUCACGACGACCUUGGCCGCGGUGCAGGUGGACUUAGAAGAGAAGGAUGUGGGUUUGGCCACCGCUACCUGGGCAUUCAUUCGUAGUUACGGCGCGAUUUGGGGGAUUUCUAUCCCCGCUGCUGUAUUCAACACGCAAUUUGGACACUUGUCCGGCCGCAUCUCCGAUCCUGCCGUGGCGGCGAAGCUUUCCGGCGGGGAGGCUUACUCUCACGUGUCAGCAACUUUCAUUAAGUCCCUGACUCCCCAGGUACGAGAGGAAGUUAUCGGCGUGUAUUCUGACACGCUGAAGCUGGUUUGGCAAGUGUCACUGGCCUUUGCUGCUUUGGGAUUCAUUAUGACCUGGUUUGAAAAGCAGAUCAAACUGCGUACUGAGUUGGAGACCGAAUAUGGACUCAAAGAUCCGAAAAAGGAAAAGGAGAAGGAGAAGGGGGAUGGAGGGGUUGCCGAACCAUAA